CUAAUAAAACUGCCCCAAAAACCCUUUUUCUUAAACCCUAUACCACUGUCGACCUCUUUAUCUUCCGCCACCGCACCGCCGCCGUGUCAGAUUGUUCCUCUACCACCGCAAUGGACGAUAACGCGGCAGAAGACACCCAAUCUUUCAAUGCAAACAGUGACAUAUGCCAACAGCUAUUAACCCGCUACGCCCGCUCAUCAGCCGCGCAGCACCGCCAUCUCUGCGCCACCGCCGCCGCCACCCGAGACAUCAUCCAAUCCUCUUCUCUUCCCCUUACUCCCAUAUCAUACUUCGCCGCCACCAUCACUUCUCUUUCCGACUCCGAAAACCUCGACUCAAAUGCUCUUGGCGCGCUAACCUCGUUCCUAGCAAUCGUGCUCCCGUUAGUUGGUAGGGGUGAAAUAAACCCGGAGAAAGCGGGGGAGUCUGUUAGGAUUCUGGUUACCACAGUUGAGGAGAAUGGUAACUUGGGAACUUCUGGUGUUAGAGCUGUGGUCAAAUGCGUCGGUGUUUUGGUUGCUGAGUUCUGCAAUUCGAACGAGUGGGACUCGGUUGCGCUAGGGUUCGAGUGGCUUGUGAAAUUCUCCCUCGAUAAACGGCCCAAGGUGAGGAAAUGUGCUCAUGAUUGUUUCUUGACAGUUUUCAAGUCGUUCGAAUCCUCUGCUAUGCUCAACAAGGCAAGUAAAUCGAUAUACCUUUUGCUCAAAGAUCAAAUGCCUUUGGCCAAAGAAAUGACCACUUCAGAAAUCGUCGAUGGAGCCAAAUCCGAAGCAAUGUCAAAGCCCGAACAUCAGAACUUCCUUUAUCUGUUGAAUGUGACGAAGCAUGUUGUUCAACACCUCUCUCCUAAAAUCCGCGUCAAGAUUCUUUCACAGCUUUUGAAGAUUUUGGGCUCUCGUUUCUCAACGAUGACAAGACACAUUUUUGAUGUUAUUUCGGCUGUAUUUGAAAUUUCGGGAGCUGAUGUUAUAAUUUCGAAUGCCGAGGAGAUUUUUGGGUCACUGGUUUCCUACAUAUCAUCUAGAGAAAACAAUCCAGUUGACAGUGUAUUGUUUGCCGCAAAUUUAGCGAAAACUGCUUUAGCCAAACUUCAUGAUGGGGAUAUAAACGAAUGGACAACCAAUUUUGCUAUGCUCACUGAAUCGUUAGCAGGCCUUCUAUCUUCCAAUGGUGAUGUUGCUUUACCGACCUCCAUUAUACUUAGAGAACUAAUAGACCAUCAUAUCGAUGGAAAAAGCUUAUUGACCAUUGAAAGCCAAGAAAUGGAAGGCGUGACAACUCAGAGUGCAGAGUUCAAAGCCAUGGAAACUACAUGCACCACUUUCUACAAUGUGUUGAGUGCUUCGGCUCAAAUUCCGAAUGAACAUUUCUUCUCUGUGGUAGCUUUUCUGUUCGUCAAACUUGGUCGAGUAUCAGACGUCUUUAUGAAGCCUAUACUUCUUAAACUUGCUGAUUUGGUGAAUGCUAGUUCUGCAGAAGCUUCUGAAAUUAAAACACUUCAGGACUGCAUUGGGUCUGCUGUUGCUGCCAUGGGGCCGGAGAAAAUACUUGCUUCACUCCCGAUUUCCUUCAGCGCUAAAGAUUGUUCCGGUUCAAAUACCUGGUUAAUACCAAUAUUAAAGAAAAAUAUUGUUGGAUCAUCACUGCAGUUCUUUAUGGAGCACAUCAUACCUCUUGCUGAAUCCUUUGAGAAGGGAUCUCAUAAAGUUAAAAAGUCAGUAAUUCGCCGAGAUCUGCAGGCUUACGCCCAUGCUUGUUGGGGAUUGUUGCCUGCUUUUUGUCACCAAGCAAGUGAUACUUCUCAAAAUGUUAGAGCUCUAGUCAAACUCUUAAUCCCUUUUAUCAAAGAGGGCUCCUUUAUGCUUGAGAUUAUCGCUACUGGUUUGCAGGAGCUAGUCAAUGAAAAUAAGAGUGCACUUGCCACUAAUCCGGAAUCUGUGCAGUUGACAGAAGUUCAAACGACAGAAAUUCAUGAUGAAUUGGCAAUGAAUCCUGACACAAAGAGUUCGCACUCAAGAAAGAUUGCAAAGAAAAAUAUUAAGGCUUUGGCUUUGUGUGCCAAAAAGUUGCUCCAGCCUUUAAUCAGUGUCUUAUUUCAGAGCCCCCCCGAGAUACGCAAACAUCUAAAGGGUGCAAUUGGAUGCUUGGUGUCCAUAUGUGAGGCUUCAGUCAUAAAAGAUAUUUUUAUAGCCUCACUUGAGAAGUUUAAGCUUCUAGAUGAUAUCCGCGAACAUGGAGAAGUGGAGUCUGAUACUGAUGGUUCAACCAAUGAAAAAGAAAGUAGGGGAACCAAUGCAAAGAGGCUUAUAAUUCUGGAUCUCGCGUCUUGCAUUAUCGAAGGAUCCGACAGUGAUCUUGUUGAUAUACUCUUUUCUGUUAUUAAGUGUGCUUUGAAGGCGAGCGAUGAGGUCGGUCAGAUUGAAGCAUAUCGAACUCUCAGCAGAAUUCUUGAGACGCAUUCUUGGUUCUGCUCGUCACAAUUUGAUGUGGUGAUGGAUUUGUUCACUGGAACAAAGUCUUCAGCUAAUGUCACGUUGCUUGAAAAUCGUUUUGCCUGUUUGCAGACCUUGUUGAUUCAUGCUUUAAUGAGAAACACAGAUGGGGAGAUACACAGCUUUCCUUAUCCUGAACGAGAUUAUUCUCACGUUGAAGGAUUAAGGAAAGGGCUCUUCCCCUUUUGGCAGAUUACGGGUUACCUUUCUGGUCCGUCUCCCCAUAUAAAGAGCGGAGUGGUGUCUGUACUCUCGGUAUUGGUUUACAGCGAUCCCGAUAUAUGCACCAAAACGCCUGAUCUAUUCCCCGCUGUUAUGGAGUUAUUGCACAGCAAGGCCAUUGAGGUUAUAAAAGCUGUUUUGGGCUUUGUCAAAGUGUUGGUUUCGUCUCUUAAACCAAGUGACCUGCAUCGUUUUCUUCCCGACAUUGUCGAUGGAAUUCUGCGAUGGAAAUCUGUCCACCACUGCCAUUUCAAAACCAAGAUUAUCGUGAUCUUAGAGAUUUUGAUGAGGAAGUGUGGUUCCCCUGCAGUGAAAGCACACGCACCUGAGAAAUACAAGGAUUUUAUGCAGAGUGUUGUUUUGAAUCGACAUGGCAAGGGAAGUUCCAAAGAAGCUGAAGGCAAAGACACUAUACCAGAACAUUCUGAUUCGUCUCUUGGGGGGCAGCAGAAAAGGAAACGAGAGGAUUCUUCUGCCAUGUCAUCCAAGGAAGAAGGUUCUUCGAGACCUUGGAAAAGGAAGAUGGAGAGGAAACAAAACGCUGGCACGGAAAGCGAUCUUAAGCACAGAGCGAAACAUAUUGAGAGGAGAUUAAUGAAGAGGCAAGGAAAUAAUAGUAAUAAUAAUAAUAAUAUCCAAACACCGAAUGUUACUUCCAAAUUUAACAAGCACAAAAGACUAGCAACGAAGGACCGAAACUGACGUGGGUGCGCAACAAUUGCUAGCAGUUUCGAAAGUUGUUUCGAGAUAGUGCUGAAAAUAUUUGUUUUGGGUUUUAUUAUAUAGGCAAUGUUGUGAUAAAUUAGACGGAGCAAUAGUUUAGGGGGCUUUUGUUAUUACGGAUACUAUAAGGGUGUAUAAUUUAUUUGAUCAUACUUCAGUGGUUUUCGUAAUUUACCAUUUCUAAUUAA